AUGGCAAUGUUUGAGAGCAGAACAUCGGUUAGAGUUUCAUUAGAUGACACACAGCAAUUAACUUGUGUCAUAGAAGCUGCCGAAAAUGUACAGGGCCAUACAGCUUACAUUUUGAGAGUUCAGCGUGGUCUUGUUGGAGACAAUUCCUGGCACCUGUCACGUCGGUACAGUGAUUUUGUUACACUGAACACUCACCUCCAACCUGCCGGUAUUGAUUUCGUACUUCCACCAAAAAAAGUUUUUGGUAACAUGGGCAGAGAAUUCAUAGCAGAACGGCAACAAGGACUGCAGGCUUACAUCAAUGCAGUUCUAGAACAUCCAAUGUUGGCAAAUUCUUUAGCAGUGAAACAGUUUCUUGAUCCAGAGAGGUAUUCGUGUAAUUUUGUUGAGACAGCUCUUCAGCAUGUCUCCAUGGUGUUUCGUUCAGAGUCUCAGUGGGAAGUGGUUGAACCUCUUCCUGACAUGGGUUGGAGGCUAAGGAAGCAGUAUUUCCUUAUCAAGCCGAAAGGAGAGUCCAAGGAGAGGCAGGUUCUUUCUUGGGUCCCACUUGGCCCCGAUCAUUAUCUUGAAGAUAAAGAUUUGCAGUCAGCUAUAAAGCUUCUAACUGCUUUACAGCAUCCAUUCAUUUAUCCUAUAUGCAAGCCAAGAAACUCCUUCCUGAAGAAAUAUAUCAGUCCAAAGUCAAUCACUCCUGUUCCUCAGCACUUGAUCAAAAAGUUUGGUCGACAGAUUCUUAUAGCUUUAAAGUUUCUGCAAGAUAAAGGAAUACCUCACGGCCAUUUACAUUCUGGAAAUAUCAUCGUAGAAAAAGAGACAUGCAGGUUGUUGGAAGUAGAAAACCAGCUACUAGGUUUGCCAGCUUACUUUCGACCACAGUUUAUACAAUUACGAAAGGUCCAGACUUUGCAGAAUGUGGACACAUAUUCUUUUGGUCACCUUGUGUACGAGAUGACUUUUGGUUCUCUGUGCCUCACGCCGACCUGUAACUCUUUCCCUCCAGAAUGUCCUGCUGAGCUGAGAUCAAUCCUGGAAGCCACCAUCUCAACUGAGGCAUGUAAAAAUGGACUUCCGUCAGUAUCCCAUUUGCUAUUACAUCCGUUCUUUGCCAACCUGUCAAAUGUGGGACAAGAAAAAGUCCACUUAAAAGUACCACCUCAAUUAAAAGAAAACCUCCAAAAAGCCAAAGAACAAGUAGAGGCCAGAAUCAAAGAGGAGCAAAAAUGUUUUCGCCACAGCCAGCGUUUAUCAAAAGUCCAUGCUCAUUUCACAUCAGAAGAAGAAAUUAAAAAACGAAUAAAUGAAAGGAAAAAGCAACAGAAGCUAACUACAACUACAACUGUGCCAUCAACAACAACUACAACAGUGCAAAAUGGUGCACCAACACCAUUGACAUCAGAAAAAGAUUCGACUUUACCAACAGCACCUCCUCCUCCUCCUCCUCCUCCUCCCCACCACCAGCUCUUUCAUCUCCACCACCACAUCCUCCACCUCCACCUCCCCCUUCUCAACUCUUAAUUUCCUCACCAAAUUCAGUAAAUAGUAAUGGAGUUCCCCUUCCCAACCUGUCUCCACCUCCUCCCUCUGACCGCAAGUUGUUACUGGGUUCUAUCGAGGCCUUUAACAAAGGAAAACUGAAUAAAACUACCACUAAGGAUUGCAGUAGUCCAAAGUUUUAGAGCAUCACCACCUGGUGUUCAUCUUACAAACUACUGUUUGGAAACAAAGAAUAUUAACAGAGUUUGAGAUGAAGGAGGAGAUUAAUAAUAGCUGAACUUCUCAUAGGCUUACUCUUAAUGGGCACUUUAUAGCUGGGAAAUAUUAACUAUUGUCUAUUAUGUACAAAUAUACAUAGGGCUAGACUCCUUGAACUAAGAUAUAAUGUUUUAUUGUGUUAUAAAUUAAAAUAAUCAUAGCAAUUGGAGUCUUGUUUUGUCUGAUGGAAUAAUUAUUAGUUGUAAAAAACUGGUUAUCCUCUUGCUGUUAUCUAUAGGAAACAAUAUUUAAGACAUUAACAAUUCAAAAUAAAAAUAUAUAUUGUUAUUUUUUCAUGCGUAUGAAUACGAUUUUAUGAAACAUUUGAG